UAUGUCGGAAAAAUGUCCCGUUAAUGCAGCAACUCCCAAUCUUAAUCCCGAAAGUAGAAAUGGAAAGAAGAAUAUUUUGAUAGUGUACGCUCACCCCGACAACAAAAAAAGUUUAAAUGCUGCUUUUUUGAAGGCUGAGAAAUAUGUAUUCGCCAAUGCAGGCGAUACAGUUGUUAUUAGUGAUUUAUAUGAUAUGAAAUUUAAUCCUGCUCUCUCAGGAGAUGACUUUCUAUCACCUCCUGCUAUUCUGAAAUUGUGGUUUGAGAGAGUGUUUGCAGCAUCUUUUGCUUUUAGUUUCAAAGAUGGUAAGCUGUUCAAUAGAGGUCCAAUGAAAGACAGACGAAUUGUAGUGAGCUUCACCGUUGGUGGUAACAGUACAUGUUAUACUCCUAUUGGAAUGCUUGGCGAUAUAGAAAAUGGAACCUUACACUUUUGCGGAUUCCAAGUUGUCAAACCGCAAAUAGAAUAUGGAACCUUUAAUUUAAAGGAGGGGGAGGGUGAUGAACUCCUCAUGGCUUGGAAAAACAGACUUAGAAACAUUUGGAGUGAAACUCCUAGAGCUUAUUAUACUCUGGAAAGUUGUGAAUAUUCUAAAGGGUUUCAACUAAGCGAUGCCAUUAUAAAUGGCGAAGUGGAAAAUCCAGACAAAGUGCCCUCUACAAUUGGUCAACAUAUGAACAAACCUAUCAAUUCCGAACUAUAG